CUACUAACUUCCGGGAGACCGAAGGCAAAUAGGUUACUGGUAAACCUCUCCAAGUACACCAAUAGCAAAUGAUGCAGUUUGCAUUAACAAUUAAUGCUGGUGUACAUUUGAAUUCAUUAUAAAGUUUCCAACAAAAUGAAGACUACAUUUUCCAUAUAUAGACGGCACCUUCAGCUUUGAACUGGCAAUGCUGCGUCUCAGAAGUUUGUGCUGUUUGUCACAGAGACUCCUUCAGGUGCGGACUGUCAGCAGUGAUCAGGUGCUACAUCAGCUGACCAUAUGUUCCAGUGAAGAGCAGGUUUUGGAUGUUGUUGGCAAGAACAGAGCCAAACUUUCUGUGAAACAUGUCAGUUAUGCCAUCGGCCUACUGUGGAAGUUACAAACAGAAAAGCCAGAAUUUAUGAGGUCAUCGGAGCUGAUCCGAAGUCACUCUCAGUUCCUCACUUUGUGUAUAUUGGCAGAAAAUAAAAUCGAGCAGAUGGAUGAUGACAUUCUAGUGGAUACUCUCUAUAAUUCACUCAGGUUACAUGUAGAACCUUGUGAUUCCUUAAUCCAGCAUUUGGUAAUGGAAGCAUACUCAAGACUAGAAAACCUGAGCAUGCCUACACUGUCAAAGUUUGCUGUGUGCCUAAAUGACCAGCAGUUACAUCACAGUCCGGUAAUGGGAAAGAUCUGCAAUAUUCUCAGCGAAAGACUGGACUACAUUAGGGAAGCUCGAGUUCUGUCUUCACUAAUGAUAUGCACGUCAUCCCUUACCUCUUCAAGACUUCGGGAUAAAUUAAUAGAGAAGGCCGCUAUUCUUUUAGACACUAUGGAUCCCACCCGCUUUCAUGAUGCAAGAAGAGUAGUUCAGUUUCUCCGUAAUGUCAAGCAUGGUUACAGACCUUUACUGGAGAAAAGCAACAAAAUCUUUUUGAACAAUGUAAAAGAAAUGAACGUUGAAAACAUUAAUAUGAUUCUUGGACUUUAUCAGUCACUACAGUUCAAUAAUUUUGAUUUUCGUCUGGCUUCUAAACAAAGACUGUUGGAGCUUAUGGAUUCUUGCACUGAACCCGUAAGCUUUAGUCGACUUUUAACUGCCCUUGGUCCCAUGGCUAGUCAGGAGACUAGGGAAAGGCUAGAGAAUGCAGCCUUAAUUUUGAUAGAUGAAGCAGGUCCUCAUCAGGCACUGGCCACCGUAGAAACUUUGGUGGAAAUGGAAUGCAGAAAUCCCCUACUGAUAAAUAAGGUUGCCAGUGUAUUGCAUAAACAUUUAGAUGUGUAUAAACCUACAGAUGUUGCAAGGAUUACUCAAGCUCUCUUGCUACUCCAUUGUCAAAAUCCAGAACUGUUUACCAAGCUGAAGAGAACUCUACUUAGCUACCUGAAAGCCAGCUUUUUGCCCUAUGAGGUGACUAUAUUAACCCGUGUACUGUCGAUGUUUCCAUCUCAACGGUUGGAUACAGAAGUGAUUUCUCGUGUCAGAGCUGUAAUGCCUCAGUGUGCCCUGAGUGACUUAAAUACCUUUUCAGGAGCCAUUGCCAAGUGGGUGAGGCACGAUCCUUCAUACCAGCAUGCUACUUCCAGUGUUUAUGUGAAUUUACUUCAGUUAUUGAACAAGGCUGGCAUGGAGCGUCUUCAAAAAGCUGACAAUUUGGACAUGCUUUUAGAUGAACUAAAACAUUCACUUGGAGAAUGGUUUGAAGAAAUACUCCUGCAAGAAACCAUGGCUACUUUGGAGAGGUUAAUAGAUGGGGUAAAUUGUAAUAACACAUCUGAUCUGGCUCUUUUCCUGACAAGGACUAACCAGCUGUGCCUUCCUCUGUUAGACAAAAUUGCUAACGUUACUGUUGAACAUAUUGACAAGGUUCAUUAUACAGCAACUUAUGCAACAAUAUUACCAUUUGCUGUUCUAAACUAUGAUCCACUUCAGUGUGCAGAAUUUUUUGAUGUUUGUAUCCAGCAUUUCAGGCCACAUUUAGGCUCCUUUGAUCCUCACUUGUUGGUCCUUUUGGCUUAUGCAUUGGCUGUGGCAGACAUCUUUCCUGAGGAUUUAAUAAGAGAAAUUUUUAAUGUGGAUUUCUUAGCUAAAUUAGAUGCACAACUGGAUAUUCUUCCAGAUGCAUUGAACAUGAGAAUCAGAUUGCGAUUGAUGGAAUUAAACCGGGCUGUUUGCUUAGAAUGCCCAGAGUUUCAGAUCCCUUGGUUCCAUGAUAAAUAUUGUCAACACCUGCUAAAGAAAGGUAAUGGAUCUAUACGUCCGCCACAGCAACAUAUUCAUAAAAUGCUUGGAGAGAUUUUAGGAGGAAUUAACAAAUCGAAAGCUGGUGUAAUUACACCAUAUUUUUAUCCUAUUGAUUUUGAGUUUAUUCUUGAUAAAAAGCAAGAGGCAAUCCCAUAUGUAGACCAGAGUAAUAUGAUACCAACUGAGCUUGGAAAGUUGCUCUGGGGAAAGGAAGCCGAACUUAAAGAUAGUGUAGAACUUCCGCCAGGAAGUCAGAGAGUUGCUGUAGAAUUUCUUGAUUCCAAAUCAUUUUGUAAAAAUUCUAAUCAUAUUAAGGGUGAAACUGUAAUGCGGAAGAGACACUUGGAGAUUCUAGGUUAUCGUGUUGUUCAGAUUCCUCAUUUUGAAUGGAACUCGAUGGAGCUUUCAACAAGUCAUGCUUGGAAAGAAUAUUUAAGGAAGAAAAUUUUUGUGGAAUCUGUUUCUUGAUGUAAAUUUUAAAGAAAUUAUUUCUCAAUAAAACUUUUUU